AUGAAUGAAUCAACACGUUCCCACCCUUUUUUUCAUCUCUGUGGCUCCUCCGUUCUCCUGUGCUGCCUUUCUUGUCCUGAGUCACUCUUUCUCACCCACUCUUUCACGCAAUCAGACUGCGAGAGAGAUAUGAAUCUUCAAUACAACAGAAUGGAAGGAGUAAACUGUCGAUGGAGAGGAGUUCCACUCAGCACGAUGUCCAUAUCCACACAAGUCCAUUCUGUCGUUUUAUUUAUUCGUCCAUCACAACCCUCCACCAGCACCAUCAUCGCUGCCUCUCCAUAUAAUCAAGCAUUCAAACCCAGUACAAACGUUUCCGUUAACACCGCGUCAUCGUGAUAGCCAAUCCACCCCCAACCUGCCUAUCACAUAUUCAAAACUCAGAUACCCGCAAAAUCUACAACCGCAGAGUGUUUAGUUACACUAGAACAUCAUGUCAAGAGCCAUCGAUUUGAGGACAUGCGAUGGAGAGUGGGAUAUCAGCCGUGAUAAUCAUCUUUUUUUGGAUGCACUAUUAUCGGGAAUGUACGUUUGUAUGCAGUCUGAUGCGUCUGCGCUGUACCUCUCUCUCCCCGGGAGUUUAUUCAUGUAAACCCAGGGCAGUGAUGAUGUCUUUAGUCCUUUGUAGUGCGUCUCCUCUCGUACAUGUUUGAAUGGGGGCAUAAAGGCGGAUCUGUGUACACGC